UGAAAUGGGAUAGAAAACAAUUCCACUGAACUGAGCUGUGUCAAUCUUAAGCAAAAGUCGAGAAACAAAACAAUGUGAUUGAUCCGAACAAUGUGAUACUUUGAAAUUUCCGACUCCAAAUUAAAAAAAGUGCAAAUCAAACCCUAAGCGGUUCUUCGCAUCAAUUUUGAUACCAUGGAAAUCACUCUUCUCUCUUCUCCUUCUCCAAUCCACCAUCCUCCUCAGCUCGGCCACAAAAAAGCGAGAUUCUUCGCGGGAUCCUCUUCCACCCUCUUGUGUACUCACAGAGGAACAACAACUUAUAAUCACCCAAUUUUGAGGAUUUCACAUAAGGCUCCUCAAUGUUGCAUGCAAGGAAUCUCCAAGAAGCUUGGAAAUGUAUCAUGGCUGUUUGUUAGUCCUAAAUUUCUUGUUCAGAAUAAAUUGUCCAGAGAUGUAGUUGUUAGAUCUGAACUUACUGCAGCUGGGUCUGCUGAAGAUGGCUAUUUACUACCAGAGCUGAAAGUGGAAUCUAAAGUCAGGGGAGCUUGCUUUUAUGCUGUCACAGCCUUCAGUGCCAUAUUUCUUUUUGUGCUGAUGAUGGUUGGACAUCCGUUGGUACUCCUGUUUGAUCGCUACAGAAGAAAGUUCCACCAUUUUAUUGCCAAGGUGUGGGCUACACUGACUGUAGCACCAUUUUUUAAAAUUGAAUUUGAGGGAAUGGAGAAUCUGCCACCUCCAGAUACCCCUGCUGUGUAUGUUUCGAAUCAUCAGAGUUUUCUAGACAUAUAUACUCUUCUCACGUUAGGAAGAAGCUUCAAGUUUAUUAGCAAGACUGGGAUAUUUCUUUUUCCAAUAAUUGGGUGGGCAAUGUUUUUUUUGGGCGUCAUUCCUUUGAAGCGCAUGGACAGCCGAAGCCAGCUGGACUGUCUUAAACGAUGUAUGGAUUUGAUCAAGAAAGGAGCCUCUGUGUUUUUCUUUCCAGAGGGAACACGCAGUAAAGAUGGAAAACUAGGCACAUUCAAGGUCUAGUUCAAGAGUACUGCAAAGAAUACAUUCCUAAUCCAGCAAUAGGAACAUACGAUGACCCCGAAGUUUUCCAAGUUCUCAGUUUGUUGCAAAUAGCACUAAAAGAAAAUACUUGAAGCUGUAUGAGUUAUCCAUAAACACAAAAUAAACUUUGCUGGAAGGCAACAGAACAAAAGAAAGCAUUCUAAACAAGAUGACUACUGUAGUUACAUCAAAAUGUGCAUUUCAUUAUAGAGUAAUUCAGAAUGAAGAGGGCUGUAAUGAUGUACUUUCAAAUGAACUGUAUUGUAUGAAAUAUUGCAUGGCCAAGGAGGUAAAAGCAACAUAUGGCUGGGGUAUUUUUUGGCAAUGCCUUUUCACAAAAUUCAAUUUCCAGUCAAUUUGUCAACCAAAUUAGACUAAAAAAAGGUCGAGAAGUUCAUUUAGAAACCAUUGAAAAGAGGUUAGUCAUGCUAGAAGAGUAGAAGCAGAAACUAUCCUUGACUGGAAGGUUGUGUGAAAUCCUUAAAUAGGAGCAAAAACUAAGUCUCGAGUUGCAGGAGUUGGUGCUCAAUUAGAGCAGAAAAAUAGAGAAUAAUGGAAAAAAGGCUUAGGGUUUCAACUAUAUAGCAUGUUGACCACUAAAAUGACUAACAAUGAUCUUUCUUUAGUAACAUGCUACAAGUUGUAAAUGGAUGGGAAAGUAGGAAAAACAGAAAGUUAACUCCAAUGUACUGUCCAACCAACAGGUGGUGACAGGUGUACAAUUUUUAUAUUACAAUAGAUGAUAGCACAAUACAAAGAAAGUAUUUGUUAUUCCGAUUUGACUUGUGUUCAUAACAUGAAUUGUGUCAUGUGGGGAGAUGGAUGAAGUUUAUGUCAUUCACAUACUAAAUAAGUAACUAGCACUAGCACAAUCUGAGAACAUUACUAAAACACUCAAAACACUGGAAGAGUAAUAGUUAUAUUACAAAUGAACUUAUUUUUUAAUUUUGAUAGCAUUUCCUUUUUCAUUUCUUCCUGUCUUCACUUGGGAAUAAAGUGAUUGGGGCGCUUAUUGCACCUAGAUAGGAAUCUGUACCAUAUAGAUGAUGGAAAAAUCGGUAGGAGGGGGGUGCAGGGUAUCAGGGUAUGUGUCAAAUGGACUGACUCAUGAAAGCUAUGACCCAGAAAAAUAAGAGACUCCCUAGCUUAUAUGAUGAUUACGGAAUGUAACUUGAGAUAAAUUAAUUUCAACUAUGUCAUUUUCUUCUUUUUAUACAUGUUUGUUCUGUCUGAGAUUUAUAUCAGUGAACUAACUCAUUGUUUGUG